AGUGUGAAGUAAAAAGCUGGACAAUAAUUCUGGAACCCCCUCGAUUUGGGGCUUUUCCUUCCAUUAAAAUUGAAGAAAUUCACUCUCUAACUCGAAUCUUUGUUAUAUUCUAACCACAAACAGAGCAAAACCCUAACCCCCACCACCAUGGCGAUCAUCUCCGAGGUUGAAGAGGAAAGCAGCAGCCGACCCUCGAUGUUACCGUUCAGGGCGACCUUCGAUUCUUCCAACCCAUUAGGUUUCUUGCAGAAAGUGUUCGACUUUCUCGGCGAACAGAGCGAUUACCUGAAGAAACCCUCCGCGGAGGAGGAGAUCGCCGCCGCGGUCAGGGCGGCCAAGGAGAAAGCUGACAAGGAGAGUGUUAAACCUGUUGAGAAGAAGCCUGUGGAGAAGGAGAGUGUGAAGAAGCCGACCAUGGCUGCUUCAAGCUCAAAGCCUACUAUUGAAGUUGAGAAGCCUAAGGAGGAGGAGAAUAAAGAAGCUGGUCCCAUCGUUCCUAACAAAGGUAAUGGAACUGAUCUUGAGAACUACUCAUGGGUUCAGACUCUUCAGGAGGUCACAGUUAACAUUCCAGUGCCUACCGGCACUAAAGCACGCUCUGUUGUAUGUGAGAUUAAGAAGAACCGUCUUAAGCUUGGUCUCAAAGGUCAGGAUCCAAUCAUCGAUGGAGAGCUCUACCGACCUGUUAAACCUGAUGACUGCUACUGGAAUAUCGAGGAUCAGAAGAUGAUAUCGAUUCUGUUGACUAAGCAAGAUCAGAUGGAGUGGUGGAAAUGCUGUGUGAAAGGUGAACCUGAAAUCGAUACCCAGAAAGUUGAACCAGAGAACAGUAAAUUAGCUGACCUUGACCCUGAAACUCGCUCCACUGUUGAGAAAAUGAUGUUUGAUCAAAGACAAAAGCAGAUGGGUCUUCCAACAAGCGACGAACUACAGAAGCAAGACAUUCUCAAGAAAUUCAUGUCUCAGCAUCCAGAGAUGGACUUCACAAACGCAAAGAUAAACUGAUCCUCGUGUUGUCUGCAUCUUUUAAAACUUGUUCCUCUAAACUUCUUUUGUUUUGUGUACUUGAAGGCAUAGUUCCACUGCUUCGGUUAUUCCCUUCAACCUUAUGGUUUGGUUUUGUUGAUUGAAGCUUUUUUAUCCGGUUCAUCUUUGGUAUUACA